AUGGCUGAAAACCACACGAAGGCUCUGGCUAAGCGAGCAUGCGAUAGAAAAGUUAAGUGCGUCCCAGGAAUCACGGAUUGCAAAAAUUGUAAUUCUGCUGGCCUUUCAUGCACAUACAAUACCAUCCCGCAACAGAAAGGCCCUAGUAAGGGCAGUCGCGGCAAAGUCCUCCGUGAACUUCGCAAAAAUCAGCCCGACGAUCAGCUCGCUGCCGGUCACUCAACCGCUCUCAACUGUGGCGGAUACUCAAAUCCUGCCACACUUGAUCACACUCAAGGGUUGUUGUUACCCCUUGCUCUCAUCAAUAGCUGCAUAGAAUACUUCUUCAGCCAUGUCUACUUCUCAGAGCCCGUCCUGCACCGCGAAAGGGCGCUGGCAGCAGUCUAUUACAUGGAAAGCUUCACUGAAUCGUACUGUAUAAUUGCUGCACUGUGUGCAUACGUCAUAGUUAAGGCCAACUACAACCCACCUACCAACGUGCUCUCUCUAGAGAUGGCUCACAUGUCAAAUUUCGAUAUCGGUCAGAGACUCUUGGAAGAAUCAGUCCGCGAGCGACAAGGCUACGACCACCAGAAGGCCCCCACGCACAUGAGCGUGCUUACCUCGUGGUUUUACAGUGGCUGCUACUUUGGACUGGAGCAAGAGGACAAAGCCUGGAUGUAUCUCCAAGAAGCUAUACGAUACGCGCAAAUUCUGGGUAUGCACAAUGAGGAGACCUAUAAACACGAUUCCUUGGAUGCACCCGAAACACGUGCCCUCUACUGGCUUUUGUUCAUUGCUGAACGAACCUACGCUCUACGCAAACACCGACGUGUCACAUUACAUCCCACCAUAAACCUUCCCCAAUCAGCUGGAAUGACCUUCGGUCCUUUCAUUUCAGUUAGAUUGAACAUCAUGAUCAACAUGUUUCAAAUCAUUGAUAACACUGUUAUCGACUUGCGGCACAAGACAGCGAUAAGUGUGAACGAUGUAUACAUAUUAGAUUUGCAUAAGUGCCUUUCAGAGGCUGUUCCUGCAUCUUUCGAGCGCUACGAGGCGCAAAUCUGUAUCACUCAGCAAUGGCUGAGGUUACAGAUCUGGGAGCUCAGUUUCCGUCACAAGGUUCUAAGUAGCGUCUCCAAAGACGCGCCGCUUACAUUCGAAUACCCGAUCACGAUUGCCCGCGAUCUCCUCGCCAUAUUUAACCAGUUCUCACAACAAUUCAUAGACGUCUAUCGCGUCGACUUGAUCGAAAAAUUGGUCAAAAUAGCCUGUUGUCUGACUGACAUUGACAAAUUUUACUCAACAGAACCGUUUGUUCGAGACGUCCAAUUGGAAUUCUUGAAGCUCAUCUGGAAACUGCGUGGAGGGCAGUCGCUAUAUCAUCAUCUUCUACUGGACGAACUACGCAUUGCCGAGUCGCCCAAGAGCACUUUCUAUAAUACCGCCAGAGAUCCCUAG